AUGAAACUCAACAUUUUAGCUAAAGAUAACUCACCAUUUUCUUUAAUCCCUAGCUCAUGGUUCAAUUCAUCAGAAUUGAGAGAAUGCGAAUUUAAAUUUGUUGUCCCAAAUAUUCAAAACACGAAUGUAUACAAUUAUAUUAACUUAAUUUCUAUAAGAAACAAAAGAAUUCAAAUUAUUCAUAUUAUUACUUAUAACGAAGAUAUACCACCAAAUUGUCGAGCACCAUUUUUAAAUUUAAUUAGUGCUCAAACUGAACUCAAGAAACUUGUGCUAAAAUAUUAUAGUAUUACCACUUCUAGUUUUAUGCCUUUACUGCGACGUGAAAUGCUGCAAAAGGAAUUAAGCAAUCAAAUAAAAGAGGAAAUUAUUUUUUUGCUUAGUCAAAAUCAUCCAAACAUAACUACUUUAUGCUAUGUGACUAAUAAUCUUAUCUUCUCUUCUACACUUGAAAAAUUUCAUAGUCUUUGUCAACUUCAAAUAGGAGAAUUUGCUUAUUAUUAUCUACCCUAUAGUAGACAAAAUUAUCUACAAGCUUUAAUCAAAUAUUUGCCUUGCUCUUUAAAAAUUCUUAGCUUACUUAAUAUUUAUGAUUAUAGUUACAAAAACUUGAAUUGUUUUUUUAAAGAGUUUGAUAUAGAAAAGGUGGAGUUAGAAGUAUUUAUAUUACCUUUUAAUGUUGAGCUUAAUCUACUUCCAAAUUUAAGAAAAUUUAUUGAAAAAGCUAAAUAUUUAAAAUAUAUAGAAAUAGUGAGAUCAAAGAAUUAUAAUGUAGAAAAACAAAAAGACA